AUGCCGACUUUAAGCUCUCGUCCACCGGUGCCCAACAACUGGGACGCCUCGCAGAUCCCGUCGCAACAGGGGAGGGUCGUUAUCGUCACGGGCGCCAACUCCGGAAUAGGCUACGAGACGGCUCUAGAGCUCGCCCGCAAAGGAGCUCAUGUGGUUCUGGCCUGUAGGAACGAAGAACGUGGUCGUGAAGCCGAAACAAAACUGCGUGAGAUCUUGUCAUCCGCAUCAGAAGCUGGCAAAGUGAACUUCGCUAAGCUGGAUUUGGGCGACCUCAGCAGCGUCAAACAGUUCUCGGAGGACUUCAAGAAGACCCACAACCGCCUGGAUCUACUUAUCAAUAAUGCCGGUAUCAUGGGAGGAGCGUGGGGGCUUUCAGCCGAUGGCUACGAGCAGCAGUUCGCUACCAACCACUUGGGCCACUUCGCUCUAACGGCUCAGCUCUUCCCUCUACUCAAAGAGAGCGCGCCGUCUCGUAUCGUGAACGUCAGCAGCAUCAUGCACCGCUCGGCUCCAACGUGGAACGAGGACGAUAUCAUCACGACCAGCGAAGAAAAGUACCGUGAGAUGGACAACUACGGUGUCACCAAGCUGAGUAACGUUCUGUUCACUAACGAGUUGGCUCGCCGCAUCAAAGCUGCGGGCAUUGAGGGUGUCACCGCAGCAGCGUGUCAUCCUGGUGUCACGGCGACAAACUUGGCGACGGCAUCUACAGCGAACAGCAAGGGCUGGUGGUGGUGGCUGGUUUAUAAGAUGACGGACUUGGCUCCACGCCAGAGCUGCCCGAUGGGAGCGCUACCGACGCUAUUUGCUGCUACUGGCAGCGAAGUUGAAGGCGGUGACUUCUUUGGACCCAAACAUCUCAAGAUCUUCGGCUAUCCUGUACGAGAGAACCCGUCCGAACAGAGCAAGUCGGAACCGGGUGCGAAAAAGCUGUGGACUCUAAGCGAGAGACUCGCACAUCUGUCCUUCGACAUCAAGAAGUAA